AUGACUACUGUGAUGAUAACAUCUGAAAUGGAUGCGGCUCUGGCCUUGUUGGAAUUACACAGGAAUAAUUAUGUGAGAGUAAAUUCCCGACCAAUAGCCGAUAUGGAUGGGCCUGUUCAUAUUGCAACUAUUUGUAACGGUUGCAUAACUUCCAAGAAUUUGCAUUCACCGAGUUCUAGCCUUAAAGAUAAAACAACCGCUGAACAAAAAUCGUGGAUGGUGACGUCAGGAAGGAAAAUACGAAAAACCAGUCCAGUCCCCAAGGAGAAAAUAAAAUACGAAGUAGCAACUCAAACGGAUAUCGAAAUAGAUAUAUCUAAAAAAGAAAAAUUGGAAAAAGUAAUUAAAGAAUUACAUUCCAAAGUCGAGGUACUCGAAGCGGAACUUAAAGCCAGAGAGCCAGAGACCCUCUCAGUUCCAGACCCAUUACAAAAAAUGACAGACUAUUCCAGUGAUGACUUCAGACCACAGCAGAGGAGGCGAUCGCAUAAGCGAAAAAGAAAUUUGACAUUCACCACAGACUUUAGUUCAAUUGGAGAUUACGAUACUACAUUUAAUAAAGAUGAAGAUACUAUAGACAACGAUGUAAAACGAAUAAAAGCUUUGACGCCGAAAAAUACUGUUAAAAAUAAUGAAGACAAGGUGCCUAUUGGAGACGGAAACGCUGUGGUCCCAGCCAGGCUUCUUAAGCAUAUGGAUUGGACUUCAUACACAAAUGCAACAAGGAAACUACUAACUGCAGUAUUUUCCAGAAAAGUACUGGCGACCCACUCAUUAACUGGAAAACCUUCACCAGCAUUUCCAGACAAACCUGCUAAAAAGAAGCUAGAUCCAAUGUUGGUAAAUGACAUUGUGCAAACGGUCGUAGAAAAAUGUUGCGUCCCCAAAAAGGUUGUCAGGACCAGCAUCACCACAAAGUGUGCGGACGAAAAUAUUGUCCAGUAUUAUGCUGUGGUCCCAGCCAGGCGUCUCAAACAUAUGGAGUGGGCUUCAUACACAAACGCUACAAGAAAACUACUAACUGCUGUAUUUUCGAGAAAAGUACUAGCAACCCACUUUUUAACUGGAAAACCUGCUUUUUCAGACAAACCUGCUAAAAAGAAGCUAGAUCCAAUGUUAGAAAAUGACAAUUUGCAGACGGUAGUGGAAAAGUGUUGCGUCCCCGAAAAUGUUGUCAAGUAUAAUAAGAAAAUGUGA